GACAUUUGCGCGUAGCGUCUGUCAAAAAUCUCAUCGAUAGCAUUCAGCUUGUACUCGGAGAAAUUUACAUAUUUUUUCUUCAAUCUAGACUUUAAAUUGGUUAUAAUUCACCAACUUAUUCACAAGUAAAUUGUACAAGCUCAAAAGAAUAUUUUUAUUAACACCAAUCGAUUGAGAUUGUAGUUUAAAAUGGGAUCCGAAGACCGCGAUAGGCGCCGCCAUAGGUCACGUUCAAGAGACCGCGAACGGGGAGAACGCGAUCGCGAUUUCCGUCGUUCGCGUUCACGAGAUCGCAAACGUGAAGGUCCAGCAGCUGUGCGCGACCGGCACACACGUUCUCGACGAAGGAAGCCAUCGUUAUACUGGGACGUGCCGCCACCAGGCUUCGAGCACAUUACCCCGAUGCAGUACAAAGCCAUGCAAGCUGCUGGUCAGAUACCGGCGAAUGCCGUACCAGAAAUUCCACAGGCUGCUGUACCGGUUGUUGGCUCUACUAUAACGCGACAAGCGCGUCGUCUUUACGUUGGAAAUAUACCAUUCGGUGUCACAGAAGAAGAAAUGAUGGAGUUUUUCAAUCAGCAAAUGCAUUUAACUGGUCUAGCCCAAGCGGCUGGAAGUCCCGUGCUGGCGUGUCAAAUCAAUUUGGAUAAAAAUUUCGCUUUCUUAGAGUUCCGUUCGACAGAUGAAACCACACAGGCCAUGGCAUUCGAUGGCAUCAACUUUAAAGGACAAAGCUUGAAAAUAAGACGCCCGCAUGAUUACCAACCCAUGCCAGGUGUGGCUGAUUCUCAACCUGUAUCGGCGCCAGUUGCCAAUGGUGUGAUUUCAACUGUUGUGCCAGACUCGCCGCACAAAAUAUUCAUUGGUGGUUUGCCAAAUUACUUGAAUGAAGAACAGGUUAAAGAGUUGCUACUCUCAUUUGGACAAUUACGGGCUUUCAAUUUGGUUAAGGAUGCUGCCACUGGUUUGAGUAAAGGUUACGCAUUCUCCGAAUAUGUUGACCACAGCAUAACUGAUCAGGCUAUUGCGGGUCUAAACGGCAUGCAGCUGGGCGACAAGAAACUGAUAGUUCAGCGCGCCAGUGUAGGUGCUAAGAAUGCACAAAAUAGUUCCACCACCGCUGCGCCGGUCAUGAUACAAGUGCCUGGCAUGUCCAUGGUCGGAACGUCUGGUCCACCCACCGAAGUUCUUUGCUUAUUGAAUAUGGUUACGCCCGAUGAGUUGCGCGACGAAGAAGAAUAUGAAGAUAUUUUGGAAGAUAUCAAAGAGGAAUGUAAUAAGUAUGGUGUUGUGCGCAGUGUUGAGAUACCCCGACCCAUCGAAGGCGUGGAUGUGCCUGGUUGCGGUAAAGUAUUCGUUGAAUUCAAUUCAGUUAUGGAUUGUCAGAAGGCACAACAGGCGCUGACUGGACGUAAAUUCAGUGAUCGUGUUGUGGUUACUUCUUACUUUGAUCCAGACAAAUAUCAUCGACGUGAAUUUUAAAAGGACAAACGUUAAAUUAUUUACGCAACUCAUAAGCCGAAAUUAAUGUCAUUAAAGUAAACAAAUUCUUAAAUAUGUAUCCCAUAUUAAUGUGAGUGUGUAUCCAAAUCUUGUUUACCAUAAAUGAGUAGAGCAUCACCUGCCAUAAAAAUAUGUAAAGACUUCAAUCUCUGGAUUUGGAUAUACUGACGGUUUGGUUACUGAUACGAUCCAUUUUUAAUUACGUUCAUAUAAAGGUUAAUUCUAAACAUUUUAAAAUAAAUAAAAAUACUUAAAUUGUGCAUAGUCUUACGUCAUGGCGUCGAUAUUUGCGACGACUCUGCGUAUCAUUUGUAUUAAUAUUCAAAAUGACGAAAUUUAAUAUUUAAUAAAGGCGCGACGUACACCCUA